CCUUCAAAAAUAAAUCUAAAGGCCGAAAGGGUAUCCCUCAGACAACAUCCAGUUACAGAUAAAGAAGGUAUUCCAAUGACAUCAAUGGAUCCCGGUGAGGAGGAAGAAAUUCCCAUAGAAGAUGCCAAUGAUCAAAGGAGUUCUAAAAGGACUAGUAGUGUGCAGAGAAAUUCAAAAGACGUGAAUGGCAGGAGAUCAUCAAAAAGGCGUUCUCCCAGGUUAAGGUCAUUCGCGGCCGAAAAUCCUUUUGAAAUACUUAUUGUUCGAGCAAGAAAUGCAAAAGGAAAAGCAAGUCAACCGUUUGUUGGCAAUCGCCAUGUAAAGGAGGUCUAUAAGAUUAAAGAAAUUACCAGCAAGAACAAAAUAGAGGAAGAAAACACCAUAAAGGAAAUGGACAGAACCAAUUCUUACAUUCGAGGAAGAUCAAAUUGGACAAGUUAUCAGCAGGGGCCAACAAGCAGAAUUGUUGAAGAAGAAUCGGUCGAGAUAGCUCCUAAAAUGAUAUCAAAGUCCCCGAUUGCAAAAGAUCACAUUAAAGAGAUCUAUAAAGUUCAAGAGGAACCCCAAUAUCUGAAAAAGGGAAGUUUCAAAGAAGAAGAGGACAUAACAGCAACCAAAUCAAUACCCAAUUCCACCAUUGACAAAGAUUCAUCAAAAAAAAUGCAUAAAGCACAAAAAAGAUCCAGUAAAAUCAAUGAGCAGCAAGAAAAUUUAUUUGCUAAAUCAAACCACAAGUUUUCCAAAGCAAAACAUCAUAAAAAUGAAAUAGUAAGAAUCAGAAGGGCUAAAGAAGAACCGGCUGAUUUAACUCCUAAAUUGAACUUGAAGUCCCCCAUCGCAAAACCUCCUUAUCCUACAAAAGAGAUCUAUAAAGUUCAUGAGAGAUCCCAAAAUCAAAAAAUUAAUCAGCGAAAUUUGAAAGGAGAACCAACUAAAUCAAAGCCCAAUUCUGCCAUUGGCCAAAAUCCUACAUCAAAAACUCACAAAGUGCGAAAAAAAUCCAACAAACUCAGUGAGCAGCAAGUAAAUUCAAAUGCCAAGUUAAACCAUAAGUCUCUCAAGGCAAAACAUCCUAGAAAUAAUAUCCACGAUUAUCACGCAGAAUCAGAAAAGCCCAAUGAGGAGGAAAAUAAAACUUUUGAAGAAAAAGAGAAUAUAACUAAAUCAAACACAAAGGUUCCCAUUUUCCAAACAUUGUUAAAAACAAUAUCAAAAGUUCAAAAUAGAUCCAAAAGUAAAAAACAGGCAAAUUCUGUGGAAGAAAAGGGCUAUGGGUUUCCCAAAAGGGAUAAUGAAUCGUUUAUCUAUCAAUAUCAGAAGAGAUCCAGGAAUAUGAAUGAGCAGAAUGGAAUCGACGAAGGAGAUCUGCUGUUAGCAGCUCCUAGCUUUGCAAAUAGUUAUUAUGACUCCACAGACCAGGAGAAAAACUACAACAAUGAACCAGAAAAAAAAACUUUAAGCACUCCUAAAAUACAAAAUAAAACCUUUAAGCAGCAGGAAAACUACGAAGGGGAAUUAAAUAAUACAUCUGCUGUCUUAAGGUCAGAAUAUUUUAACAUUGUUAAUCGCCCGGUUAAAGAAGACAAUAUAAAUCCUAUAACAAUCAAUAAAGAGAGUGAGGGAUACCUGCAAAAUCAGCUAUUAAUCAACAAAGCUAAUUUCGAAAAGGUAUCAUCACUUGUACCAUCUGAUAAAUCAAAAUUAAACAAUUUAUUUUCAUCAGCAAGUCAAAACAAAUUGAGAAAAAGGAGUUUUUCCAGAUCCCAGGACCUAGGCAAAUCAAGUAGCUCUACCCAUGCUUUUCUAAGUAAAUUACAACUAAAAUUAUUCAAGCCAGGAAAAGGUACGCCAGUCAAUUCGCUAAUAAAAAAUGGGAGUGUUAAUGCCCCAUCUAAAACUGGCUCUUCUCAUGUUUUGCGAAAUAAAUUAAAGCAAAAAUUAUUCCGUCAAACAAGCAAAGUAGGUAUGCCUAUCAGUUCGCAAGGAAGAGUUGAGAAUGUUGAAACUGGCCCUAUCGAAGUUUUUAGGAGGAACUUAAAUCUACAAUUAUUACGGCUAACGAAAGGAGUGGGUACUAUCAGUUCGCAAACAAGACUUGUGAAUGUUAAUGCCCCAUCUAAAACUGGCUCCACCCAUGUUUUUCGAAGUAAUUUAAAACUAACAAAAGAAGGAAGUACGCCCAUCAGUUCGCAAACAAGAGUCGGGAAUAUUAAUGCCCCAUCUAAAACUGGAUCUUUACAAGUUUUUCGAAAGAAAGAAAAAUUAUUCAGGCCAAGAAGGAAAUUAGGUACGCCUACCAAUUCUAUGGCAAAAGCCGAGAAUGGUUUUGGCCCAUCUGAAACUGACUCAAUAACAUCAGCCUUUUUUCACGAGAAUCCGACCUUAGUCGAAGAUGUGAUUCCAUUCAGGACAGGCAGUGUCUUCUCAGAAGUCCGAAAAUCGAUUGAUCGGAGAAACCUAAAUGACAGGUCAAGCUUUGCAAGGAGGGCAGGCCUUGCUUUAAAUAUGACCACGGAAAAGUACAAUGAGAAAUUGAAGAAAGUGAAGCAGUAUCUUAACCGGGAGGAUUCGGUCGAUAGCAACAAUACCGACACAUCCUCAAUUGACUUUGAGGGAAUACGGGAUGGCGACUUACUGCUUUAUCCAUAUGCAGAGAUAUAUCAAAAGAAGGUUAACACCUCAGAGCAAAAGAAAGCAAGUGUAACUAAAAGAAUAAAGAAAAGUUUAAGACCUACGUCAAAACCAUCGGAAGACGGGAUUGAAAGUGAAAAAGAAGCGGAGAGGAAGACAGCUUGUAUCAUAUGCAGAACCAUAAAGCGAAAUCCUGUAGAAAAGGAAGCACCCUUCUUGGACGAGAUGAGAAAAGAAAAAAGGCGACGGGAACUAUUGGCAUACCGAGCAAAUAUUGCCAGCCAGGGUGAACACAGUAGGAGGUCACUAUCCUUUGAGCCGCCGGAUCAACCCGAUAAAAAUCGAGCGUUUAGCUUACAUGAUCUCAACAAAAAAGAGCUUUACUCUCUAGAGAGCAAGAGUAUUAUUUUUACCAGAGAAUUUAAUUUAAUUAAUUUCCCCCAAGAUAGUAAUUCAAUUACAUUCCCUGGAAAAAGUAAGUCUAUUACUUUCCUCUUGGAAAGUGAUUCCAGAAUUUUUCCUAAGGAGAGUAACUCAAUUACUUUCCUCAAGAAAUGUAAUUCCAUUACUUUCCCCAAUGAGAGUAGUUCCUUUACUUGUUUUUAAGGAACAGGCAGCUCUGUAUUCAAAAUUUAUUACAUAAUGAAGCCAUGAGGAUGUGACAAGAAAUUCAAGAACAAUUUCUUGUCAGAUCCGCAUGUCCAUUAAGACAAUA